UGCAUACGAAUUGCCCAGAUUAAAAAGUAAUUUUAAUUUCCUAAUAAUUUGGUGCUAUGAAACUGAAGGCAGUUUGAUGAAGAACCUGGACGCACCAUGGUAACUGAACGGAGGAUUUUGCUGUUCUUAACCACUACCGUAUUGUGGUUAUCUCCCGGGCACGGUAUGCCAAACCGGCGAUCCCUCGAAGAGUCCGAAGACGAGUGCGAAUCCGCUCACGACACACUCUUGUGUGGGUCCAACGAUGUCACCUACUUAAACUUAUGCGAGUUUCAAAAAGCUCUCGACAAAGAUCCGACGAUAAAAAUUAUAGAAAACGGAGCAUGUUUCUGUGAUCCAAAAGAAGGCCAUGAAUGGGAUCCGAUAUGUGCGUCAAACGGUCAGUCGUACGCAAACAACUGCGAAUUAGAAAAAGCAAGGAAGACUGAAAGAUUGCUGAUACGGCAUCUCGGUUUAUGUAAUGCAAUGCUAAAGAGAAAUACGAUAACGUACAGAGAACUGCAAAAGGUAAAGUUGUGGAGUUCAUUCAUGCCCAAAAAACUUUUUGUUUCCCUUAGUAGCCGCGAUUUGGCUGACGGACCUCGUGAUAUUAAAGCGAACGAUAAAAAGAAACGUGCCAAAAAAGAAGAAACUUUUGCAUUUGGUCAUCCUAGUAAGAGAAUUAAGAAAAAUCACGAUACAAAAAAAGAGGGUUAGGAUAAUGCUACUACACUGCUAAGUAUUGCUAACUAUUGAAAUAAAAGUACACAAAUAUUCAGUUUCAAAGUA